UUUUUUGCAUCUUCAUUUCAUUAUUUAUUAUUUCAUUAUCCAUAUUAUUUAUUUACCAACAAUGUAUACACGCAACGGCUCAUUCUUAAAAAUAGUAUUAUUUAUAGCAGUAAUUUUUUCCAUCCUGGGAUGCACAGCUGGCCUGGCAAUUCCAAUGAACAAUCUUUCCAAACGCAUCUACGGAGGAUUUGUCGUGCCGAGCAGUAUGGCUCCAUUUGUCGUAUCACUAAGCACCCAAAUUGGAAAAGUAUCGGGUAUGUGCGGCGGCACAAUCAUAUCUCCGCGGCACAUAGUAACAGCAGCCCACUGCGUUAUUCCACCGGGCAAAAAUGGUCCAACCGCCGAUAUCACCAUUGGGCACCAAUCCACGGACAAAGACAACCAAGCGUAUGUGCACGCGAAAAAAGUGACAUUGCAUCCGAGGUCGCUUGUGAAAGGCUCUCUGGACAUGGACUACGAUAUUGCGGUUGUGGAAGUGCCAGAGCUUACAUUUGACAUCGGCACUCAGCGCGCAGUUAUAUACAACAAACCAUUGGUAGUGGGGCAGGCCAUGCUGGCAAUGGGCUGGGGGAAGGCUGAGUCUGAAAGUAUCGACCGGACGGAGUUGCGUGGCUUGAUCACCAGCGUUGGUAACUGUAAUGGAGGAAACAAAUCCUCGUUGACUUCUGAUGGCCCAGUGAUUUGCUCCUUGGGCGACAAUAGUCCCGGUCGCAGCAUUUGCAGCGGCGACUCUGGCACGGCUAUUGUGGUCAACGACGGCGGCAUGCUGAAGUUGACCGCAUUGAACAGUAUGAUAUCGCUGGUCGAUAGCGCUGUGGAUUGCGGAAGCAUACAAAUGGUUUCUUUUUAUCUGCGGAUUUCAUAUUUCAUUGAUUUUUUGGUCGGCACCACUGGACUCUCGAAAGAGUAUCUGACUGGCUCAGCGAGCACAGAUACAAUUAUGUAAAAAAUGAAUAGUGCACACGUACAUAUUAUUUGUUAAUGAUUUUAUUGUCAUA